CUUGUUUAGAAUAAGAAACAAUCGUAUUAGCCGGUUCUACAAGAACGUACACUCAACGUAGCUUAUUUACGACAGCUGACGACCAUUCAAACUCGUUUGUGUAAUAACUCGAUCUUUGGAGAAUGCAACACGCGGAUUGGUCGGCUCAGACAGUCGAACCGUCGCCGAAGGAACGCGCGUUUGUCGGCGCAUGCGCUGUGACGCCGAAGUGAACGUUUCUAAAUUUUUAAAUAAAAAACCUAGUGAGUGAAAAUAUCGAUUAUUUAUUAGUAACUAAUCGAUAAUCGAUUAUUUGAAGAACUUUUAGUGAUUUAACCAUAUUUAUUCGAGUCGGUGUAAUACGAAAGAAUUUUUACCGUGGAAACGGGUUUAACUCCCAUGAUUGUUUGUUAUUUUGUAAUAAUUUAAUAUUUAAGAUUACGAUUGGAUAAGUUGUUUACGUACGAUUGGAUGUUAAAUUGACGUAAGUUGGCGUUCUUACUGGACUCCAAUUGGAAAGAUCGUGUUGGAUAGAAAAAGGAUAUAUUAAACCUUGGACAUCAAAACAAGUGAAGAAAAAAAAACAAAAAUGAUAGAUUAAAAAAAAGUUUUCCAAUCAUGAACAGGACGUUCUGAAUUCAAGUUAUGAAGCGCGCGUAAAGUGAGUGAGUGAAAACAAAAUGGCGUCGUUUUUAGGUGUUGUGUUAUUAUUAGUAUACAGUUGUGUGAUAGUGAAUGGACAUGUUGCGUUGACUUUCCCACCUGCUAGAAGAUACGACUUGGAUUUUCUAGAUAAUUCUAGAACGAAGCCGCCAUGUGGGAUGCCAAAAGGAACAUUGAAAACUUCAUUUUUAGCUGGUUCAACUUUCACAGUGCAUUGGCAUUUAGCUUACGCACACAAAGGUGGUUUCAGCUUGAGAAUACUGGAUGAAUUGGAAAGACCGUUAUUAGAUUUGACUCCAAGAGCAGGUGGCACUGAGUUUGUACGAGACGAUGUUACUGCUCAGAAGUACGAGGUCCGCCUUCCAAGUGACUUCACCUGCGAGAACUGCACUCUUCAGCUUCAGCGCGAGGCCGGCGAGUGGGGAAGCAAUUAUCGAUUCUGGUCCUGUGCGGACAUCGAUAUUCUACCACGCAAAGAAUACCACGAGACAUGUUCCGGCCACGGUUUCUACAUCCUGGGCCGCUGCAAGUGCAACAAGAUGUACUCGGGCGCGCGCUGCCAGUUCAGCGACGAGUGCUCGGACGACAACGACUGCGGCCUGCGCGGCAAGUGUGUGGACGUCAACUCCACCGAGUCGCCCACCAAGAUGUGCUACUGCCCCUAUGGCUUCUACGGGAAAGGGUGUAACAAGAAGGCACCAUGGAAAGACAAGAAGGUGAACCUAGGUCUGUACAACAAGCGCGAGAUGUCGAAACAGUUCAACUUGUACUGGAGAAUACUGAAGGAAGACGCCGAGAUCGAGUUCAUUAUGAUGGUCAACGGUACUUCUUAUGCAGGUGUCGGUUGGCGUCCAAACGGUUUGACGAAGCAAUGUAAAAACUUCCCAGUUUUAGGUCCCGCUAUUAACGAGAAAGAUCAUACACCGAAAACAGAACCUUUGCCCGCACCUGAGCCUAAAGCGGAACCGGAACCGGAACCCAAAUCCGAACCGGAACCAAAAUCUGAACCGGAACCAAAGUCCGAACCGGAACCGAAAUCCGAACCGGAACCGUCGCCGGAACCGAAAUCGGAACCUGAGCCAAGUCCAGAACCUAAAUCCGAACCGGAACCAAGUCCAGAACCAACUCCUGAACCUAAAUCCGAACCAGAGCCUACACCUGAACCCAAACCAGAACCGGAACCCAGUCCGGAACCGGAACCGACGAAAGUACCGGAGAAUGAUAACAGGAAUAAGAGAGUUGCUAUGCAUUCUCUUGACGGAUUCGAUUUUAAGAAUCUUGGUAACGAUGUCACUGUUAAAACAAGCGUUUCUUACCAAGUUUCCAGUUCUAAAGGUCGCAAAAAGCGUGAAGUAACAGAACCUACCAAUACGGAAACUACAACUACUGUUAUAUCCCAUACACAUUCUGUACAAUCCCAUACAGACUCCAUAGCUCCCGAACCGACCUUAAGGCCAUUCAAAUCUAAUACAACGAGACCAAAGUACAUACCAAAACGACCAAAGUUUAAACAACCACCUGUAGUUACCUCCACCGAACAAACCGUCACUUUUGAACCUAAAAGUGAGCCGGAACCGACUUCUGAACCCCAACCCGAACCCGCUUCGGUACCGGAACCGAAAUCUGAACCGGAACCGAGUCCGGAACCUAAAUCCGAACCAGAGCCGGCUCCGGAACCCACUCCUGAACCCAAAUCCGAACCAGAGCCUACACCUGAACCUAAAUCUGAACCCGAACCGACUCCUGAGCCUAAAUCCGAGCCUGAACCAACUCCCGAGCCCAAAUCCGAACCGGAACCAACUCCUGAACCGAAGUCGGAACCGGAGCCGACUCCGGAACCCAAAUCGGAACCCGAGCCGGAACCUAAAUCCGAGCCGGAACCGAAAUCCGAACCGGAACCUAAAUCCGAGCCAGAACCCAAAUCCGAACCGGAACCGGAACCUAAAUCUGAGCCGGAACCCAAAUCCGAACCCGAACCCAAAUCCGAGCCGGAACCAAAAUCUAAACCCGAACCCAAAUCCGAACCGGAACCCAAAUCCGAACCGGAACCUAAAUCUGAACCCGAACCAAAAUCAGAACCCGAACCUUCCCCAGAACCGAAAUCCGAACCGGAACCAACUCCGGAACCCAAACCUGAACCCAUCCCUGAACCUAAUGCAGCAUUGGAACCCGAGACAUUGCUAGUGAAGGGACUUAAAGAAGACGCAGGUUACUUCCCCGCGCACGAGUACGCGCCUAAAUUCGACUUCAACCCCAUGGACUGCACUGACAUCGUCAUAGGAACCGCUAAAGGGAACUAUCAUAGAGUGCUGGAUUACUAUACUAGGGACAGGUCAACCCCUCGUGUGGACACCUUCUGGGGAGGUCACGAUGACAUCACCGCUGCGUCUGGUUACGAGGAGAACGGAGUUACCACCAUCAUGUUCAGGAAAAAGAUUAAGGCUACGGAGCCCACCGACCACUCGAUAGUAGACGACGCCAUGCACGUGAUCUGGGCGCGCGGACAGCAACCCGCCCCCGCUCCCUCGCCCGCUCCCGCUCCCGCUACCGCCUCUGCCUCCGCGCCCGCUCCCGCGCCCGCUAGCUCUCGCGCGGCUGUGGGAGACUUCUACCGCCCUGACGAGAUCAAAUAUCACGGACAUGGGGACCAGAGAGGCGUCGCUAAGAUUAACUUCUUCGAAGAGACCAAAGUCUCAAUAUCGGGUGGUAUCCUUCCUCUGGGCGACAAAUGUGGUGGUCAGUGGCGACUACCAUCAGACUGCGACCCCAGUAACGGCACCUGUGACUACGUGGCCAGCUGGGAGUACCUCGGCCUCAAGAGGGGGAAGGACUCCAUCAAGUUCACCAUCACCACCAAACAGAGCAAGCACUGGACCGGGAUUGGGUUCAGUGAUAAUAAGAAGAUGUCCCAAACGGACGCUAUAAUAGGCUGGGUGGACGGCCGCUCCGGACGGCCCUUCAUCAUGGACACGUGGGUGUCGGGCUACUCCGCGCCCAGGGUGGACCCGCGCCAGGACAUCAGCAGGGAGGCCGGCAGCCUGGCUGACGGGGUCAUGACCCUCAGCUUUGUCAGGAAACGGGAUACUGGCGAUCAGAAGGACCUAGCCUUCACGGACACCACCUGCCUGUACAUGAUGUUCGUGUCGUCGGGCGGCGGCUACGACCCCGUCAACAAGCGCACCAGCAAGCAUCGCGACACGCCGCAUGUCACCGACCAGAGGGUCUGCAUCCGCCCUUGUGGACCUGAACCAGUGGAAGAAGAAGUGACAACAGAAGCGGUCCUCCCGGGCCAGGCGUCGUACUCCGUGUUCAUCCGCAUCACGGGGCUCGCGGACAGCUUCCGGCCGCCGGCGCCCGGCAGCCGCGAGUACCACGAGCUCAGCCGGCAGCUGGCCGACAGUCUGGCCGCACAGAUAGGCAAGACUAAGGGGUACCAUGGACUACUUGUUAAUGGGUUUAUGCAAAACGAAACUAAAGCCAUAAUCGCAGAACUGACCCUCAAAUCCAUAGAAUCGAACACUAUAGAGGCUACCGGCAGAGCUCUAGACUCUAGCAACACUACUGUCGACGAGGCCGACAAGUGGGAGCAGGCCGUCAGGGACACGCUGGCGCAGGGCCGAGUGGGGAACUUGAACGUGGACCCUGACUUCCUGGUGUUCGAGCCACAGAGCUUGAUACAGAAUAGGCCAGUAGAAGCCGAGCCUGAGGGCGGGCGCUCGUUCUUCAGCAAGGCGGAGAGCAAGCUGUACGUGGUGGUGGCGUGCGUGGCGGCGCUGCUGCUGCUGGCGCUGCUGCAGGCCGCCUGCACGCUGUACCGCGGCGCCGCGCCCCGGGGGCAGGAUCAACUAAUACCAAACUCGGCAUGGAAAGACUAUUCAACAGCAAACACGAACUACGCAUUUGAAGCAUUCGAAAACGACGACAAAUACAACAGUACGGCGUCUACAGCCCCCCUACGACACAGAGCUACCCCUCUCAGACCCACAGACCCCCCGCCCCCCAGACCCGGCAGUGCCAACAAAGCACCCGCCAACGGGAAGUCCAAGACAAAUGGGGUCAACAGCGCCCCCAUGGCUAUGGUCCCGGUGACUAAUGGAGCCAACGGCCAUGGGACCAAUGGCCGCAUGACCCCCAAACACCAUAACAGUGCGGCGCAGUACUACCAUGAGACCAGGUCCCUGCAGAGGCCUAGAGGUGGUCAAUAUGGCUACACAGCUCGCUCGGACCGCUCCGAGCGUCCCGAGCGGCCCGAGCGCCUCGACCGCCCCGAGCGGGGCUCGCGCGGCGCCUACUCGCUGCCGCGCGGCGUCCGCAGCGAGGCGGGGCUGGCCGCGCAUCCAGACUUCUACUUCAUGCCCUCACAGAGGAAGUACGAAGAUUUUUGAAGGGGACUCUGCAGUUAUCUGAUUAUGUUUAGUUACCAUAAUAGUUGGGUGAUACAGGCUUGAUGAGAAGGAUGAGAAGUAGGGUCAGUAUAAAAGCCAAUUUUGUUUGAUUUUUUAGUAUAUUUGAUGUUAUACAUACAAUGUCAUCUAGUAAAAGAGUGUGUUCAGGCCGAUUGUCGACUAGCUGAAAGAAAAAUCCUUUCCUCA